GGCCGAGCAAGCCGAGCGACGAGCUCAGCUGAUGCAACCUAACCUGCCCCGCGUGACAGUUCCGGGCAGGCGGCGGCGGCGGCGGCUACGGUGACCGAGAAAGGGAAGGGGGUGCCGUGCUGAGCGAGGGAGUCGGGGGCGACAGAGCCAUGGGGGACGCUCUGAGCCCUGAAGAGAAGCUGCACCUUAUCACCCGGAACCUGCAGGGUAAAGGAUGAGCAAAGUGGGGCACCGGCAUUAAACCAGCUCUUCUGCUUCCACAACAGGAGGUUCUCGGGGAAGAGAAGCUGAAGGAGAUACUGAAGGAGCGGGAGCUUAAAGUUUACUGGGGGACAGCAACCACAGGCAAGCCACAUGUGGCUUACUUCGUGCCCAUGUCUAAGAUCGCGGACUUCCUGAAAGCAGGAUGUGAGGUAACGGUUCUGUUUGCGGACCUUCACGCAUAUCUGGAUAACAUGAAAGCCCCAUGGGAACUUUUAGAACUCCGAACCAGCUACUAUGAGAAUGUGAUCAAGGCAAUGCUGGAGAGCAUUGGUGUGCCCCUGGAGAAGCUCAAGUUCAUCAAAGGCACUGAUUACCAGCUCAGCAAAGAGUACACACUAGAUGUGUAUCGCCUCUCCUCCGUGGUCACACAGCACGAUGCCAAGAAGGCUGGAGCUGAGGUGGUAAAGCAGGUGGAGCACCCGCUGCUGAGUGGCCUGCUGUACCCGGGGCUGCAGGCCUUGGAUGAAGAGUAUUUGAAAGUAGAUGCUCAAUUUGGAGGCGUUGAUCAGAGAAAGAUUUUCACCUUUGCAGAGAAGUACCUCCCUGCACUUGGCUACUCAAAACGGGUCCAUCUGAUGAAUCCUAUGGUUCCAGGACUAACUGGCAGCAAAAUGAGCUCUUCAGAAGAGGAGUCCAAGAUUGAUCUCCUUGAUCGGAAAGAGGAUGUGAAGAAAAAACUGAAGAAGGCCUUCUGUGAGCCAGGGAACGUGGAGAACAAUGGCGUUCUGUCCUUCAUCAAGCACGUCCUCUUCCCCCUCAAGUCUGAGUUUGUGAUCCUUCGAGAUGAAAAAUGGGGUGGAAACAAAACCUACACAGCUUACUUGGACCUGGAAAAGGACUUUGCUGAUGAGGUUGUACACCCUGGAGACCUAAAGAAUUCUGUGGAAGUCGCCCUGAACAAGUUGCUGGAUCCCAUCCGGGAAAAGUUUAAUAACCCUGCACUAAAGAAACUGUCCAGCGCUGCCUACCCAGACCCUUCGAAGCAGAAGUCCGUUGCCAAAGGCCCUCCCAAGAAUUCAGAACCAGAGGAGGUCAUCCCAUCCCGGCUGGAUAUCCGUGUGGGGAAAAUCAUCAGUGUGGACAAGCACCCAGAUGCCGACAGCCUGUACGUGGAGAAGAUUGAUGUUGGGGAAGCUGAGCCACGGACGGUGGUGAGCGGCCUGGUGCAGUUUGUGCCCCAGGAGGAACUGCACGACAGGCUGGUGGUGGUGCUGUGCAAUCUGAAGCCCCAGAAGAUGAGAGGAGUCGAGUCCCAAGGCAUGCUCCUGUGUGCUUCUCUAGAAGGGGUGAGCCGCCAGGUUGAGCCUCUGGACCCUCCUGCAGGCUCUGCUCCCGGGGAGCGAGUAUUCGUGGAGGGCUAUGAGAAGGGUCAACCAGAUGAAGAGCUUAAGCCCAAGAAGAAAGUCUUUGAGAAGUUGCAGACUGACUUUAAAAUUUCUGAGGAUUGCAUCGCACAGUGGAAGCAAACCAACUUCAUGACCAAGCUGGGGUCCAUCUCCUGUAAAUCGCUGAAAGGGGGGAACAUCAGCUAGCCAGCCCAGCAUCUUCCUCCCGUCUCUCAUCCUGAGUCAUCUGCUGUCUCCUUAAUUUGCUCCCUCCAUCACCCAUUUACCCAUCUCUCAGGACACUGAAGCAAGAGUUUGGUACAGGACCUCAGUAAGGGGCAGCUCAGCCUCCCCAGAAUCCAGGAUCAUCCUGUCUGGCCACAGUGAGAGGCUGGCCUCCCAGGCAGUGAUGAGGGCUAGGCAACACAGGGAGCUCAGCUCUGCCUUCUUUCCCUGGCAGCUGACUUGAGAAAUCUGGUUUCAAUAUAACAACUCAGAAAAAGUUUAUGCCACAAUCCUCCUAAUUGGAAAAAUAUUGGUUCCCCGUUUUCCUAGAGUUAUCCCAGCAGUGGUGCCUCUGGCUGGGAUCUCGUGCCUGAACUGGGCUAAUUACAGCCUCUCCCCAACAGGAAACUGUGGGAUUUGAAAAGGAAAGGGAAGGGAAAACAGAGAACCUAGUGGUCUACCAAGUGGUUGGCAGCUUUCCCCAGUGCCUGCCAACCCUGAGGCUUGGGGAGGAGGUGGGGAGUGGGACAGGAUCUGCCCCAGGGCUCCUGGAAUUUCCCUUGAUCCUGCUAGGUGCCUAAGGCAGCUGUGUGUUAACAUCAGAAGUAGGGUGGAUGGCACAGCCUGGUUCUUCAGAGAGGGUGGAGUAAUUCUCCAUAAGGCAUCUCAAGCAUCACUGUUGUAAAUUCAAAUAAAAUGUCUGAAUAAGGGUGUCUGGA